AUGUUGCGGGAAGCUGUGGCGGUAGAUGGUGAUGCAAAUAGAUGGGAAACAAUAGCAGCAGCUCUUAACACUUGGGUGAAGGAGAAAAAGAAGACCAAAGAAGUGGUGGACCAUUUCGGUAUGCUCACAGCAAGAUGUGUAAAAGAGCGAUGUGAGCGCCUGGUAAAGAUGUUUAAAAAAGAGGAGCUAGACUCCAUAAAAUCCUCUGGUACAGCUGAAGAGUACGAUGAAAGAAAACAACUCCUGGGUGAAAUGGUAACCAUGGCUGAUGAGCGGGAAGCGGCUAAAGCGUUACAAGCCGUAACGGAUGCGCCAUCAAAGGAUGAAAAGAAAAACAGUUGGAGGAAGCCGGAAAAGCGAUUCGGCAAGCUGCAACAGAGGGCAAAGCCAAAGGGUAUUUCCCGCUCGACGGGGUUGAUGGUCGUUUACAAUAUGGCGAACUACCUGCCCAUCUCGCCCCUUAAGCCCAGGGGACGAGGUGGCGAGCCUUCACGAUCUUGUCAGUGUGCGAAAAGGAGAUCAACAACGUCUUUGACAGACUACCUCGCCGAAAAACUAGGCCAGGAUGCAGAGAUUAAAAAUGAGGAAACUAAGUUAAAGAAGGAGGAAUUGGAACUAAAGAAGGAGGAGCUGAAAUUGCAGGCAGCCAAGUUCCAAAUGGAACGAAAGGAACGGGAGCAAAGAUUGGAAAUGGAGAAAGAAGAAAAACAAGUAUAUAUGCAGAUGAUGCGUGACUGCCUGGCGAAAAAGUGA